CGACACGUCAGGAGCUGUCCGAGGCCCCGGUGCUGAACCAAGAUGGCCGGUGGCGGAGGCCGGGCCCCGGCGUGAGCCGAGCGCGGGCUACAGCCCCGGCCAUGCCCCAGCCCAGUGGCAGCUGAGCCCAACCUGACGGAGCCGGCCCGCCGGCGACCCCGGAGACAUGUCUCUACUUUGCGUUGGAGUAAAAAAAGCCAAGUUUGAUGGUGCCCAAGAAAAAUUCAACACAUACGUGACCCUGAAGGUGCAGAAUGUCAAGAGCACAACCAUCGCAGUGCGGGGUAGCCAGCCCAGCUGGGAGCAGGAUUUCAUGUUCGAGAUUAACCGCCUGGAUUUGGGGCUGACAGUGGAGGUGUGGAACAAGGGUCUCAUCUGGGACACGAUGGUGGGCACUGUGUGGAUCCCCCUGCGGACCAUCCGCCAGUCCAAUGAAGAGGGACCUGGAGAGUGGCUGACCCUGGACUCCCAGGUCAUCAUGGCGGACAGUGAAAUCUGUGGCACCAAGGACCCCACCUUCCACCGCAUCCUCCUUGACACCCGCUUUGAGCUGCCCUUAGACAUUCCUGAAGAGGAGGCCCGAUACUGGGCCAAGAAGCUGGAGCAGCUGAAUGCCAUGCGCGACCAGGAUGAGUAUUCAUUCCAAGAUGAACAAGACAAGCCUCUCCCUGUCCCCAGCAACCAGUGUUGCAACUGGAAUUAUUUUGGCUGGGGUGAGCAGCAGAAUGAUGACCCUGACAGUGCAGUGGACGAUCGUGACAGUGAUUACCGCAGUGAGACAAGCAACAGCAUACCACCACCCUAUUAUACUACGUCCCAGCCCAAUGCUUCAGUCCACCAGUAUUCUGUUCGUCCACCACCUCUGGGUUCUCGGGAAUCCUACAGUGACUCUAUGCACAGUUAUGAGGAGUUCUCUGAGCCGCGGGCCCUCAGCCCAACGGGCAGUAGCCGCUAUGCCUCCUCGGGGGAGCUGAGCCAGGGAAGCUCGCAGCUGAGUGAGGACUUCGAUCCAGAUGAGCAGAGUCUACAGGGCUCCGAGAUGGAGGAUGAGAGGGACCGGGACUCCUACCACUCCUGCCACAGCUCGGUCAGCUACCACAAGGACUCACCACGCUGGGACCAGGACGAGGAUGAGCUGGACGAGGAUCUGGAUGAGGAGCUGGAUGAAGACCUGGAGGACUUCCUCGAGGAGGAAGAGGAGCUGCCUGAGGAUGAGGAGGAGCUGGAGGAGGAGGAGGAGGUGCCAGAUGACAUCCGUGGCUAUGCUGAGCGCCACGAGGCAGCUGUGGCUGAGCCCAAAGACUUUAAGCGCAUCAGUCUCCCUCCAGCCGCUCCCGAGAAGGAGGACAAGGCCCCGGUCAUGCCUGCCGAGGCCCCCGAUGUGGCCAAGGCAGCCCCCAAGACACCCACAUCCGAGGAAGUGCCUGCAGCUGAGCGGGCACCUGAGGCUGAGCCCCCAAAGGCGGAGGAAAGUUUCAGGCUGCAAAAUGAGGAAGGCCAGGAAGGUCAGGACUCCAUGACCAGGGCUAAGGCCAACUGGCUUCGAGCCUUCAACAAAGUGCGGCUGCAGCUGCAGGAGGCCCGGGGAGAAGGAGAGAUGUCCAAAUCCCUGUGGUUCAAAGGCGGCCCAGGGGGUGGUCUCAUCAUCAUCGACAGCAUGCCUGACAUCCGAAAGAGGAAGCCCAUUCCACUCGUGAGUGACCUGGCCAUGUCCCUGGUCCAGUCAAGAAAAGCGGGCAUCACCUCAGCCUUGGCCUCCAGCACUUUGAACAACGAGGAGCUGGUGCCCCGCAUUUAUAUCUGUCCUAUAUAUCUUCUAGUGGUCUGUGCCCAGGGCUUGCAGGCAAAGGACAAGACGGGAUCCAGUGACCCCUAUGUCACUGUCCAGGUCGGGAAGACCAAGAAACGGACGAAAACCAUCUAUGGGAACCUGAACCCCGUGUGGGAGGAGAAUUUCCACUUUGAAUGUCACAACUCCUCAGACCGAAUCAAGGUGCGUGUUUGGGACGAAGAUGAUGAUAUCAAAUCCCGUGUGAAGCAACGGUUCAAGAGGGAGUCCGAUGACUUCCUGGGGCAGACAAUCAUCGAGGUGCGGACUCUCAGCGGCGAGAUGGACGUGUGGUACAACCUGGGUGAGCGAGGGUGUGGGCUGUCUGCUUCUACAGGAGCAGCGGAGAAGAGCUCCAAGCAUGGGGCAGAGGACCGGACCCAGAACAUCAUCAUGGUGCUCAAGGACCGCAUGAAGAUCCGGGAGCGCAACAAACCCGAGAUCUUUGAGCUCAUCCAGGAGAUCUUCGCUGUGACCAAGACAGCACAUACGCAGCAGAUGAAGGCGGUCAAACAGAGCGUGCUGGACGGCACAUCCAAGUGGUCGGCCAAAAUCAGCAUCACUGGUGAGGCUGUCGAGGGUGGAGGUGGCCGCUGGUCCCUCUUCUCAGCCCGCUGUGCUCCCUGCCAGGCUUCUUCCUCCCCAUUGCUGCAUACCUCAGAUCUCCCCCAUUGUGCCCCCUUGUACUCUCUGAUACCUUCUUUCUUGUGUUGGCAGAACCUGUUCCACUUUGUGACGGACAUGCAGAACAAUGGGGUAGUGAAGAUCCCAGAUGCCAAGGGCGACGAUGCAUGGAAGGUUUACUAUGAUGAGACAGCCCAGGAGAUUGUGGAUGAAUUUGCCAUGCGCUACGGUGUUGAGUCCAUCUACCAAGCCAUGACCCACUUUGCCUGCCUCUCCUCCAAGUACAUGUGUCCUGGGGUGCCUGCGGUCAUGAGCACUCUGCUUGCCAACAUCAAUGCCUAUUACGCACAUACCACCGCCUCCACCAACGUGUCUGCCUCCGACCGCUUCGCAGCCUCCAACUUUGGGAAAGAGCGCUUUGUGAAGCUCCUGGACCAACUGCAUAACUCCCUGCGGAUUGACCUCUCCAUGUAUCGGAAUAACUUCCCAGCCAGCAGCCCGGAGAGACUCCAGGACCUCAAAUCCACUGUGGACCUUCUCACCAGCAUCACCUUCUUUCGGAUGAAGGUGCAAGAACUCCAGAGCCCACCCCGAGCCAGCCAGGUGGUGAAGGAUUGUGUGAAAGCCUGCCUCAACUCUACUUAUGAGUACAUCUUCAACAACUGUCAUGAACUCUACAGUCGGGAAUACCAGACAGACCCGGCCAAGAAGGGGGAAGUUCCCCCAGAGGAACAGGGCCCCAGCAUCAAGAACCUCGACUUCUGGUCCAAGCUGAUCACUCUCAUAGUGUCCAUCAUCGAGGAAGAUAAGAAUUCCUACACUCCCUGCCUCAACCAGUUUCCACAGGAGCUGAAUGUGGGUAAAAUCAGCGCUGAAGUAAUGUGGAACCUGUUUGCCCAGGACAUGAAGUAUGCCAUGGAGGAGCAUGACAAGCAUCGUUUGUGCAAGAGUGCCGACUACAUGAACCUCCACUUCAAGGUCAAGUGGCUCUACAAUGAGUAUGUGGCAGAGCUUCCUGCUUUCAAGGACCGAGUACCUGAGUACCCUGCGUGGUUUGAGCCCUUCGUCAUCCAGUGGCUGGACGAGAAUGAGGAGGUGUCCCGGGAUUUCUUGCACGGAGCCCUGGAGCGAGACAAGAAGGAUGGGUUCCAGCAGACUUCAGAGCAUGCCCUGUUUUCCUGCUCUGUGGUGGACGUCUUCUCCCAGCUCAACCAGAGCUUUGAGAUCAUCAAGAAACUUGAGUGCCCUGACCCCCAGAUCGUGGGGCACUAUAUGAGGCGCUUUGCCAAGACCAUCAGUAAUGUGCUCCUCCAGUAUGCGGACAUCAUCUCCAAGGACUUCGCCUCCUACUGCUCCAAGGAGAAGGAGAAAGUGCCCUGCAUCCUCAUGAACAACACUCAGCAGCUGCGAGUUCAGCUAGAGAAGAUGUUCGAAGCCAUGGGAGGGAAGGAGCUGGAUGCUGAGGCCAGUGACAUCUUAAAGGAGCUCCAGGUGAAACUCAACAAUGUCUUGGAUGAGCUCAGCCGGGUGUUUGCUACCAGCUUCCAGCCGCACAUUGAGGAGUGUGUCAAACAGAUGGGCGACAUCCUUAGCCAGGUGAAGGGCACAGGCAAUGUGCCAGCCAGUGCCUGCAGCAGUGUGGCCCAGGAUGCCGACAAUGUGCUGCAGCCCAUCAUGGACCUGCUGGACAGCAACCUGACUCUCUUUGCCAAAAUCUGCGAGAAGACAGUGCUGAAGCGGGUGCUGAAGGAGCUAUGGAAGCUGGUCAUGAACACUAUGGAGAAGACCAUCGUGCUGCCACCCCUCACUGACCAGACGAUGAUCGGCACCCUCUUGAGAAAACAUGGCAAGGGAUUAGAAAAGGGCAGGGCGAAACUGCCAAGCCACUCAGAUGGAACCCAGAUGAUCUUCAAUGCAGCCAAGGAGCUGGGUCAGCUGUCUAAACUCAAGGACCACAUGGUACGAGAGGAAGCCAAGAGCUUGACCCCGAAGCAGUGUGCAGUUGUUGAACUUGCCUUGGACACCAUUAAGCAAUACUUCCACGCGGGCGGUGUGGGCCUCAAGAAGACCUUCUUGGAGAAGAGCCCGGACCUGCAGUCCCUGCGCUAUGCCCUAUCCCUCUACACGCAGGCCACCGACCUGCUCAUCAAGACCUUCGUGCAGACGCAGGCGACCCAGGGCUCUGGUGUGGAAGACCCUGUGGGUGAAGUCUCUGUCCACGUUGAGCUCUUCACUCAUCCAGGAACUGGGGAACACAAGGUCACAGUGAAAGUGGUGGCUGCCAAUGACCUCAAGUGGCAGACUUCUGGCAUUUUCCGGCCGUUCAUUGAGGUAAACAUCAUUGGGCCCCAUCUCAGCGACAAGAAACGCAAGUUUGCCACCAAAUCCAAGAACAACAGCUGGGCCCCCAAGUACAAUGAGAGCUUCCAGUUCACGCUGAGCGCUGAUGCGGGCCCCGAGUGCUAUGAGCUGCAGGUGUGCGUCAAGGACUACUGUUUCGCGCGCGAGGACCGCACAGUGGGGCUGGCUGUGCUGCAACUGCGCGAACUGGCUCAGCGCGGGAGCGCCGCCUGUUGGCUGCCCCUAGGCCGCCGCAUCCACAUGGAUGACACAGGCCUCACGGUGCUGCGCAUCCUGUCGCAGCGCAGCAAUGACGAGGUGGCCAAGGAGUUCGUGAAGCUCAAAUCGGACACGCGCUCCGCCGAAGAGGGCGGUGCCGCGCCUGCGCCCUAGUGCGGGGCGUGCGGGGCGGGCAGCACUGCGCCUUUGUAGAACGCUCGGGACGAGGCGGGGCGGGGCCUGCACGCUGGGACCUUCCAGAGGGUGAGUCUCCGGGCUCUGCGCAGAGGAUGGUCAGCACUUUCGCCCAUGACUUACCUUCUUUUUUUGGGGAAUUGUGAAUGGAUGAUGCACCGCCCCCUUGGGAGGCCAUGCCCUAGGGCGAGAGACAGGAAGAAGCCACAUCCCCUCCUUGAGGCAACGUCCGCAGCGCCUAGGGGGCCUUUCGAGCUAGGAUGGGAGAAAUCCCACCCCUUAUGGAGGGGGCCAGGUCCCGUGCCUCUGGUUCCGGGAGGCCCCACCUCCUGCCCCCUGGAAAAGCCAUAAGACUAGUCUCCAACCCCUGGGGGCCCAAGAUCCAUUACCAAGUCUAGAACUCUUAGCUCCCUGAGGGGCGGGCCCUAGGCAAGGGGCGGGCCCUAGGCAAGGGACAGGACUUUAUGGAACGACCCCUGAGAAGGUCUAGGCCCUAGACUCUAGGGGCUGGAGGGACUAGGAUGGUAGUUGGAGGGCCCGGGUGGACCGGAGUCCAUUUUGAUGUUUGUGCAAAAAAUAAACGAGGGGAGGAGGGGAUUUAAAAAGCACAUGCGCCCUUGGGCGCCCAAACCCUGGGGCGGCUCUGGGGCACCCACAUUUCCCUAAGGGUUUUUUUCUCCUCCUUACCCCCCCCCCACAUGCUCAGUCCUCAUAGAAUUCAACCCACCCAUUUGACAGGUGGCAAAACUGAGGCCCAGAGAGUUGCUGAGGGUCCCAGUGCCAUGCCCUCUCCCCACUCCCUUUGGCCUGUAUGUCCCAUCCAAGGGUGGGCUGAGAUCUGAUGACCUGACACAGCUCCCCAUUGCUGCUAAACCCCUUAAGGGGACCUUUCCCAACCCUUACAAGGGGUGGGGGUCCUGGGACAAGGCCCCCACUGUUCCUUCCCACCUCAGGCUGCCAAGAAAAACCCUUUAUUCUGGGACCCCAGGGGGAGAUACCCUGAGAACUCUUGACCUGCCGAAAGAGGAUUUGGAAUUCCCUGGACCCAGGUCCCCUCAAUACCUUCCUCUACCAGAAUUCUCCAGGCAGGAAAGAAGUAAGAGACCAGAAAUGCUGGGGGGGGGGUGUGUGUGUGUGUGUGUGUGUGUGUGUGUGUGUGUGUGUGUGUGUAGGGUUCCCCAGCACUGGCCCAGGCAUGUGUUUUGGGAAUUUCCUCCCUCUUAUUUUCCCAGAGAGCUCCUAACUCAUCCCUCAAAACUCUCCAGAAAUAUCCCAUCCUGUAGAAAAUCCUCCUCCCCCUCAGGACUUCCCCACCCUCUGUCCCUGAAGCUGUGGAACUGGGGGUGUCUAUGACAGGCUUUGUUUUCCCCAGACUGGGGUCUGAGUCCUCUCGAGCCCCAGGUUCACCCAGCAGAGGCUGGGCACAAGUAGAUGGCAAAGAGGGUAUGCCUAGUUGAAUUAAGUCUUUGGCAUCUGUGCAUGCCCUCGUAUCCUCAUGUGCAUCUGUCCGUGACUGUCUGUCCCUAUCAACCUUACCCUCCCACACAGAGCUGGGCACACAGGAGGUAUUCGAGCCAGAAAGUCUGGCUGAGUCACAGGACACAGAGUGAAGAGAGGACCAGAGGAGACGUAGAGGAUACAGGAGAGGAAUCGAGGUGGCUGGAAGGGUUUAAAACCAGGAAGUUCCUAUACUGGAACAACAAGGGUCAGAGAGGAGCAAGGCUUUCCCCAAGGGCACCCAGCAAGUGGACACAGUGCCCAACCUUGGAUCACACCUCUGGGUGCCUGGGGUUCUGAGCCCUGGUGGGGUCUUGGGGAUUGCAUUGGACUUCACUUCAUGCCAGGAUCUGGCCCCAGAUUUCCAUGGAUCAGGGAAAGGAUGAAGUAAGGUGGGCCCCUGACAAGGUAGAGGGGUGUGACAUUGAGAGAUAUCUUGGACAGAGCCAAUCCCCUCCCCAAGAGGGACAAAGACAGAAUAAGGGCACAGAGACAAGCAGAGAGAAGGUAAGAAAUUGGAAGAAUGAGAUCACACCCCACUAGAGAGAGAGUCCUUGAGAUGGAGAGACUUGGAGAUGGGGCGAUGCAGAGAUGGGACAAAAAGCAAAAUUGAGGACCUAGAAGGAAGAGAGACCCACUGUUCUGGCUCUCAUCAUUCCGUCCUAGAAGGAUUUACCUAAAAUGAGGUACUCGGCUGCACCCCUUAAUCCCUCUGACUUAGGCGCCAGUCUGAAACCUCACCGUGCCCCCAUCAGAGAUGCAAAAAAACUUAACACCUAACUAGAAAUCAUUGGGACCUCAGAGACCUUCCUGUCCCUGACCCCGCACGCCCUGCACUGUCCAUCUUGCAGAUGGGAACACAGAAGGCAGGGCAGAGCGGGGACAGCCCGGAGUUGCCCCAAACUCUGCUGCCUGGGCGCAGAGGGAGGGGAGCUCGCUGGGGACUUGGUUCAUAUCACCACUCCAUCUGCCCCCUGAACAUCCUUUCUUAAGAACUGUCAAGGACCAAAGUCGUCUUCGCUGACACGUGUUGCUUUUCUCUUUGCCUUUUAUUUUUUUAAAGAGAGAAAUCAAGUUGACGGUGUCGAGUAAGACCCCCCCCUUCCCAUCCCCCUGCCACCGUCCAGCCAUAGUGGCUCUUUCGAGGCCCAGGUCACAGGCGGAGGGUUACCGGUGCAUCUUGGGCCACACAGCCAGGGAGCUCAGACCCCACCCCUGGCCCCGCCACCUCAGACACCGAUACCCGGCCACACAGUCCAGAGAGGUUCUUCCUCCACACACUGUCUCUUAGCAUGUGAUUGCAAAUGUGAAAUCAAAACACUUUUAAUUCCAUCCCGUCAGUCCAGCAUCUCUACACAGAUGCCCCCAUUUCUCUGUAAAUAUGUGACUUGGAACAAAUGUUUAAAACUAACAAGAAGUGGUCAUGAAUGCAUGGUGUUGAGAUGUUUUGCACUAUUCUGACUUUUUGGUCUCUGUAAAAAUAUUUUAUUAACAGCAGACAUUAAAAUAAGAAAAAGCACAUGGCCUCAGA